AUGCCGCGAUCGAGGAAGCGCGGCGGCCCCAAGCCGGCCGCGACGUCGGAGAUGAUGCCUGCGCCGUCGUCUUCGUGUUGGGCCGAAAAGACCUCCCGUGAGGCGUCGAGCGCAGCCACUACCUUGCCGCCUCUCUCUGGAGCGCCUUCGAGCUGUUGCUCCCGCAGCAACACAGCGUCGAUGCAUGCGGGCGACGAGCGCGUGUCUUCAGCUCCUGACCCUCAAGACGCGGAUCUCCUCACUGCCUCGGCGUCGACGCCUCCGCUCGAUGUUCACGAGCACGAGACCAACCACGCGAGCGGAGCGUCUUCUGCGUGCGGCGAGAAACGCCCUCCUGAAGAGAAACAAAGAAUGUCUCGAGACGCGUGCGGUGCCUCGCCUUGUCACUCGAGCGAGACGCGUUGCGUGCACGGGAAUGACCCGCGAGCUUCUGCGUUUGCUUCUUUUCUUGCCUGCGACGGCGAUUCGCGAGAACUGAGGAUCCAGACCGUCCCACCCUCCCCGCUGGGGGCGCAUCAGGAAGACGCGCGGCCACAAUGGCCGUUUCCGCCCAAGUACCCGGAGACGAGCUGCGCAGCCCCGCAGAGAGACGCUGCGCCGUUCCGCGACGCGCAUGCGCCGGCGAGCCUCGACGCGACCUUUCCUGCAGUGUAUGUACACUCGCGCCACAGUCCCGCGGAGGGUUCGGGCGCGUGCGAGGACCACGGCACGCGGUGUCCGGACACCCGAGGGUGUGGCGGGGGCCGAGGAGACAGAAUCCGGCGCGAGAGCUGUUGCGACGCGCAGCGAAACGAGGCUGGGGAAGGCCGCGAAACUGGGACUCAGCGAGCGCGGAGGAAACUCGUGAUGGCGUCGAUGGUCUGUUGCGUCUUCAUGUUUGUGGAGAUUGUCGCGGGUGUCCUGGCGAACUCGCUCGCGCUCAUGACCGACGCCUCCCACCUCCUCUCCGACCUCUGCGCGUUUCUCAUCAGCUUGUUUGCGUUGUGGGUUUCGGAGUUGAAGGGGAACCCGUCGAUGUCUUUCGGGUAUCACCGCGCAGAGAUUCUCGGAGCGCUCUUGUCGGUUUUUCUGAUUUGGGUGUUGACGGCGGUGUUGAUCUACGCGGCGUGCUUCCGCGUCUUUGAUCCGCCGCAAGUCGACGGCCAGCUGAUGUUUUGGACAGCGCUCCUCGGGACGCUCGCGAACUUGUUCAUGACGCACAUCCUGAAGGUUCACACGCACGGGAUCGGACAAGUCCACGCCCACGAGAGUCACGACGCGGAGUCUCACGGCUGCUGCGAAAACGGCGCGCUCCGACCGCUGCGGAACUUGGAGCGCGGGCGGUGCGACGGACACGAGUGCGCGGAGUCCUCAGGUCGCGGCGAACUCGACGCAGCCGCAGGAGAAAAGCGCGAAGCGAGCUCCCACGGAUGCUGCGACAGACUCGGUUUAGGGACAGCCUGGAGUCGCCGGCCGUCUGCAGCGAGCGGAGCGGGAAGUGCGGAUCUCUCGCCGGGUGUCUCCGUGGAGAUUCGCGGCGUCGACAGGCCGAGUCGGGAAGGGAAACGCAGACCCGUCAGCGCAAGCAGCGCCGGAAGCACGUGCGCGUCCGGAGACAUCUACGUGCGUCUCGAUGAAGAAAUCGACUCGGAGCGAAACUACGAAAACAUGAAUCUCCGAGCGGCGUACAUCCACGCCCUCGGCGACCUCCUCCAAAACAUCGGCGUCAUGAUUGCCUCCGCACUCAUCUGGUGGCGACCUAACUGGGCGAUCGCCGAUCCAAUUUGCACUUUCAUUUUCUCCAUCUUUGUGCUCUUCACCACGCUGUCGAUCCUGAAGGAAGCUCUGAAUGUGCUGAUGGAGGGAACGCCUGUGGGGAUCGACGCGCGAGCGCUGCAAGAGGAUCUGUUGCUCAUCCCGGGCGUCGUCGAAGUUCACGACCUCCACGUUUGGUCACUGUCAGUCGGGAAACCUUCUCUGGCUUGCCACGUCGUCGUCGAAAAUGAAGACGUCGCCCGAAGCGUCUUGCGAAAGGCGACAGUCCUUUGCCAGCGCAAAUACGCGAUUCUUCACACGACAAUUCAGACGGACUUCUCUUCGGACAAGAAGACGUGCGAAACGGAAGCCCACCAAAAGUGCAGCGAUCCGAUGAAAGUUUUUCGCGGCUAG